AUGUCUAUACUACACAGAAAAUCUGGCGAAAACCGAUGGAAACACCUGGCCAUCCCGGCAUUUCUGUACGGCCUUUUACAGGCCUUGAUGGACCAGCUUUAUGACUUCUUGGCAUUGGCUAUUUUCACUGAUGGCGAGAGCUAUACGGGCACUCGCGCCGCAGCCGAGGUUUUGGCCGUGAUCAUCAUGCUUGCUUUUCGCUUCCUAGCACUUCUCCCAACACAUAUCGCACUUACUCUAGCGGAAGCAAAGUUUUUGUCUCCUGAGAUAAAAACGGUGGUUCCGUCUUCGACCAAGGAGCGAGGCUUGAAGAUCGGGGAACUGACUGGUGACCAGAAACCACCAUCCGGUCUUGCCGCAUGGACCAGUGCCCUUGAACACCUUGGAACGUCCAGGUAUCUACAACUCAUUGAACUCCAUCUGAAGAAAUGUUUCGUGCAAAUUGGGCUUGAGGUUGCUAUCAUAGCUUUCAUAAUGGCGGUAACUCAUAUUAUGCACCAUGAAGACGAAGGAAUUUCUUAA